AUGUCCAUCACCGUGAACCUGAAGAGGAUCUCCAACCUGCCGGGUCGGUCCGACAGGAAGGUCGAGCUCAGCUUCAGAGGUUUCACUCAUAAAACCAGAGUCCUGCAGUGUGAGAACGUCGCCAUCUUCAACGAGCAUUUCCGUUGGCCGCACUACGGUAAAGGAAUCAGUGAUGAAGCUCUGUCCGUCCGUGUUUACAACUGCAGUAAAGUUUUCUCCAACAGACUCCUCGGUCAGCUGGUCAUCAGCCUCCAGCAUGUUGUCACCUCCGGGAGGUUGUUGCUACGGGAACCGCUCACGGAUGCCAACUACAGCCUGACAGACAUCUACAUCGAGCUGGACGUUCGCUUCCAUCCAGUGGAGGGAACGGCAGGUCACUGGGAGGGACUCGACUUCCUGACGCUCGAAGACAAGGACGACUCAGCUCUGGUCAUCAGGAAUGAAGGAUUCGACGACCCGACGAGUCUGCAGACUUUCAGCCGUCCAGAUCCACGGGACAGAGAAGCUCGUCGUCUGGGACAGAGUUUGGUUCGGACGGGAGACGAAGACGAAGAAGAUGACGACGAUGAUUAUGACGACGACCUGAUGGACAUGGAGACUUCAGACAUCAUCUUCACUCCUCUUCUGAGUCGCUGCAGGCCGCUGUCCAGAUGUGCUGUAGCAGCGAUGCCCAGAGUCCAGAGCUUCCAGGUAAAUGUGAACAUCCUGGAAGCUCAGAAGCUGGUUGGAGUGAACAUAAACCCUGCAGUGUUCGUCAGAGUUGGAGGUCAGAAAAAACACACGGCGACGCAGAAAUCCACCAACUGUCCGUUCUACAACGAGAACUUCCAGUUUGAGUUUCAGGAGGCUUCUCAGAUCUUCUUUGAUAAAGUCAUAGAGAUAAAGGUGUUCCACAGACGGACUCUGGCCUUCCUGAUGACCCACAUUGGAACCUUUAAGAUUGACAUCGCCACCGUGUACAACCAGCCAGACCAUCGCUUCUACCAGAAGUGGGCUCCUCUCACCGACCCGGCAGACACCCGGUCCGGGAUCAAGGGUUACGUUAAGGCCAGCCUCAAUGUGCUGAUGAAGGGAGACGCUCUGGGCAUGCCCAGUCUGCCACCGGCCUCCUCAUCUGGAGCCAGUGAAGACAUAGAAAAGAACCUGCUGCUUCCUCGUGGUAUGCCUUCUGAGCGUCCGUGGGCUCGGUUCCGUGUUCGGAUCUACAGGGCCGAGGGUCUGCCGACCAUGGAGGCAGGGCUGAUGGCCAAGAUGUCUGUCACUGAUCGGGCAGUAUUCAUUGAUCCCUACGUAAAGGUGACCUUCGCUGGACAACAGGGGGAAACGUCGGUCGCCAACGCCACCAGCUCUCCAGUUUGGAACGAGGAGAUCUCCUUCAUCGAGCAGUUUCCUCCUCUGGCUCAGCGAAUCAAAGUCCAGAUCCUUGAUGACGCCAAGAUGGGAGACAUCGCCUUGGCGACGCACUUCCUGGACCUACAGCAGAUCUCCGACCCAACCAGGAACGGGUUUAAUCCCACCUUUGGACCAAACUGGGUCAAUCUCUAUGGGUCUCCUCAGAACUCCACCCUUGGAGACGUCCACCAGGCUUUGAAUGAAGGUCUGGGUGAAGGACUCUUCUACCGUGGUCGAAUCCUCCUCGCUCUCUCCAUGGAGGUUUACUAUUCCCCCUCCGCCGUCGCCACGGAUACAGCCUCUGCCGCCGUAGGAAAGGUCAAAGGAGCGCUGGGGAAGCUGGGACUGAGGAAGAAGAGGAACAGCAAGAAGGAGAAGAAAGAAGCGUCUCAGGCUGUGAGUACGUUGGCCGAUGAUUCAGGUGAAGCGGGGGUCGAGGUACCGGAGGCUGUUACCGUGGAAAUUGAGGAGAUCCAUCCUCUCCCUGAGGGUUUUCUUGGACAGAAGGAGGAUUUUCUGCUCUUUGCGUCUCUGUUUGAAGUCACCAUGAUGGAUCCGUCUGUAGGAACCAGACCGAUGAGCUUUGAGCUCUCCAUCGGGAAUUAUGGGAAGGCAGCGGUGAUUGGGAAGUCCAAGAGGAGCCAGAGCAAAGAGGAGCUGAGGAGGAGCAAAGAGGAUCUGAGGAGGAGCAAAGAAGAUCUGAACGAGGAGUCUCAGGGUUUGCUGGAUUCGGAGGACGAGCUGGACAAACAGGAAGUGCAGAAUCCUGAACCUGAGAACAGAUCAGUGUCUGCUGCUAUGAGACCACAGCCCACUGAGUAUGACAGGUCCUUCCAGUGUCUUCAGCUGCAGCCUCCUUCAGUGAAACAAAAGCCUUGUCUGUUCGUCUGGAGCCAGUUUGAAGAUCACAGCUUCCGACUCUAUCAGGCUAACUGGCUCAGCAAGAUGGCCGACAGACUGGAGAUCGGUCUGGACGAGGUGGAAAUUCUGUUGAGGAGGCCGAGGAGUAAAGCGAAGGAGCGUCUGGUGGAGGUGCUGCUGGAGCUGGUGGCCACCUGCAAACAGUUCAGCGUUUUCUCAGAGAGGAGAUCUCAGUCUCGUCCCAACAACCUGGACAAAUGCAGGAAGGAGUUCAUCAAGAAGAAUUUGGUUCUGUUGGCCCGUCAGGCGGUCCGAGCCCGGCGGAGGAUGACCAGACGGACGACCAAACAGCGGCUGAACGACAGCAGAAAACUCCUGAAGAGACUCCGCCUGCUGGCUGCAGAGCCCCAGAACACAAUCCCAGACGCUUUCAUCUGGUUGCUGAGUGGAAACAAGCGACUGGCCUACGUCAGGAUCCCCGCCCACUCCAUCAUGUUCUCAUUGGUGGAGGAGCAGAGGGGGCGGGACUGUGGCCGAGUGACCACCCUCUACAUGAAGUCUCCAGGAGGUGCAGCCAGUGAGAUCUUUGCAAAGCUGGAGGUCUACCUGUGGCUCGGCCCUGUUAAAUACAGCAAAGAGGCCUUGAACUGCUUACCAGAGGAGUUCACUCCGGUCUACGAGGAGGAGGAGGAGGAUCAGAGGAGGCUGGUGGCUGAGGGAGGGAGGAGGAAGCUUCCCAUCAGUCUGUCCUGUCAGGACAGCAGGUACUUCCAGCUCCGGUGUCACCUGUACCAGGGGCGUGGCCUGCUGGCUGCCGACGACAACGGCCUCUCUGACCCAUUUGCCAAAGUGGUUUUCUCCACACAGUGUCAGGUGACCAGGGUGCUGUCCGACACUCUGUCUCCCACCUGGAGCGAGUGUUUGCUGUUCGACAGGGUUCUGCUGGAGGGAACCAUGGAGGAGCUGCAGAGGGACCCGCCGCUCGUCAUCAUCAGCAUCUACGACCACGACACCGUGGGCAGUCCGAAGCCUCUGGGUCGAGCUUACGCUGAGCCUCAGUUCAAACCGGUCGAGUUGUUCUACAGGAAGCCCAGCCUCCACUUCUAUGACAUCAGCAUGGGCAGGAUUCCUGCUGGAGAGCUGCUGGGAGCCUUCGAGCUCAUUGAACUGGACUACUCUGGAUUUGGAGAGCCCUGCCUCCCCAGCAGCGUGGACCCUCAUGAGCUGACCUACAUGGACGAACAGAGAUGUUACGUCAUCCCAGAAGGAGUCCGACCGGUUAUGAAGACCUUCAGGAUCGAGGUGCUGUUCUGGGGUCUUCGGGAGCUGAAGCGGGUGCAGCUGUUUGAGGUGGAGCGCCCCCUGGUGAGGGUGGAGUGUGCCGGACGACAGCUGGAGUCUGAGGAGGUCGAGAACUACCAGGUUCACCCAAACUUCAAAGAGGUGGUCCGCUACAUCGACGUGGAGCUGCCGGAGCAGUCUUACCUCCAUCCUCCUCUGACGGUGUUCGUGGUGGAGCAUCGGGCGUUCGGUCAACUUGCUCUGGUCGGGUGUCAUGUGGUCCAGAACCUCAUGAACUAUGGCCCCCGGGAGCUCGAAAGGGAGCCGGAGGAGGAAGAGGAGGAACCGAAGCCAAAAGUGAGACAGAACUCGGUGAAGAUGAACCCUCUGAUGUCGAUGAAGAACAUCGGACUCAGCGGUCUGACGGUCAAUCAGUCCAAGAUCCCCAUCAACCCCAUCAAGCUGGUCAAUGCGCCUCUGAAGAAGCUGAUGAAGAACGGAGAGGAGCUGGAGGAGGAGGCGCCGGAGAAGGAGGAGCUGGACUGGUGGUCCAAAUACUACGCGUCCCUGGAGGAGCUGGAGAGGCAGGCUGCUGAGAAGGAGGAGAUGGAGGAACAAGCUGAGUCAGAUGGAGCCAAUCUGACGAUGGCGAACAUCGAGGAGGAGGAGGAGGAGGUGGUGGUGGUGGAGAUCGAACCUCCCAAACGAAAGAAGAUUGCCACGCUGAAG